CUUCAGAGGAAAAGGGCAAUGCCUGCCUCUACUACCUCACCACAUUAACUAUCCACAUUUUAAUUUAAUUCACAGCUUCUUCAAAAAAUUUGUUCUAUCAAGGGACCUGUUUUUAACGACCACCUUGCCUUAUUUAUUACAUAUUAAUAUAAAAUCAUUUUUAAAAUCUUGUCCAAUCAUUUAAAUUUGUUAACCUAGAAAGUUUCCUCUAUAUAAACGUCUGCAGCGAAUUCCCUUCCCCCCCUCUUAAGAAACUUUGAAAAGAAAAAAAACAAUGACAACCUUGCUAUUGUCCUGUGCAACUUUCUUAUCAACUCUAGUUCCAUACAUAAUUUCUUUCGUUAUUUUCCUCGUUUUGGUGGAGCAGGUGAGUUAUUUGAUAAAGAAACGAGGAGCUCCGGGUCCUGUUUUUGUGCUUCCAUUUAUUGGCAACGCAAUUUCUUUAGUAAGAGAUCCAACUUCAUUCUGGGACACCCAAUCCGCCAAUAGCUCUCGUUCUGGAUUCUCUGCUAACUAUAUAAUCGGGAGGUUCAUAUUGUACAUUCGCGACACUAAUCUCUCCCACCUCAUUUUCUCAAACAUAAGGCCUGAUGCUUUCUUGCUUGUUGGCCACCCUUUUGGGAAGAAGCUAUUUGGUGAGCAUAAUUUGAUUUAUAAGUUCGGUCAGGAACACAAGGAUCUCCGCCGCCGAAUCGCUCCCAACUUCACUCCUCGUGCUCUUUCAACCUACACCUCACUCCAGCAGAUAAUCAUUCUCAAGCACUUGAAAAAAUGGGAGAGCUUAUCCUCAAACAGUCCAAACAAGUCCAUCUCUCUCCGCUUGUUAGUUCGAGACAUGAACCUCGAGACUUCACAGACCGUUUUUGUCGGCCCGUAUUUGAGCGAAGAAGAGCGGGAGCGAUUCAAGCUGGAUUACAAUAUGUUCAACGUUGGACUAAUGAAACUCCCUAUUGAUCUCCCAGGUUUCGCAUUUCGAAAUGCCAGGUUGGCUGUUGACAGGUUAGCAGAAACCCUCUCAGAAUGUGUAAUGAAGAGCAAGAAAAAAAUGGACAAUAACCAUGAACCAUCUUGCUUGAUAGAUUUCUGGAUGCAAGAAAUGCUUAAAGAAAUCUCCGCUGCCAAAUCCGCUGGAGAGCCAGUUCCACCGCACACUAGUGAAGCCGAGAUCGGAGGCCACCUCUUUGACUUCCUCUUUGCUGCUCAGGAUGCUUCAACGUCAUCGCUCCUUUGGGCGGUGGCGCUUCUCGACUCGAACCCGGAAGUCCUGCUGAAGGUUCGAAAGGAAGUGUCGAGUUUCUGGUCACCAGAAUCUGAUGGUUUAAUAAACACGGAGCAGCUCAGGGAAAUGAAGUACACGCAGGCGGUGGCGCGUGAGGUGCUGAGGUACCGCGCCCCUGCGACGUUAGUCCCCCAUGUAGCUAUGAAGGAGUUUGCUUUGACGGAGUCGUACACGAUUCCUAAAGGGACCAUUGUGUUCCCGUCGGUUUUAGACAGUUCAUUUCAAGGGUUCACUAAACCGGACCGGUUUGACCCGGACCGUUUCUCUGAGGACAGGCAAGAGGAUCAGUUAUUCAAAAAGAAUUUCUUAACUUUUGGAGCUGGAGCCCACCAGUGUGUGGGUCAAAGGUAUGCCCUCAAUCAUUUGGUUUUAUUCAUCGCCAUGUUCUGUGCGUUGCUUGAUUUUAAGCGGUACAGAGCGGACGGCUGUGAUGAUAUUGUUUACAAUCCAACUAUCUGUCCAAAGGAUGGCUGCAUUGUUUCCUUGAAAAGGCGGGGCACGCGAUAUCCUAAUCUCUCUUUGGAGUGACAGAAAUGCCCUUGGGGGAUUAAUCCUAUGGACGCGUGUGUAUUUAUAAUUUAUGAUCUUGUAUUGGUGUGGCUUGUCAGUGUAUACUGAAAGGAUGGAUGCACGAUCAGGAUUCUUUUGACCAGCAUUGUUUGUUUGAUAAUUGGGUUUGGGAAGCAACUCUCGUAAAAACUAUUAUUAUGAUUCAAUAAGACAAUCCUUCUUCUUAAGAUAUUAAGCGCUUAA